UUCGCGCGGGGUAUGCCGGGAUAGGGGCGGGCGGACUAUCGGCGAAAAUACAAAACUAAAACAUAAUUAAAAAAAAAAAAUUUAAGAAAAAGUUAAUUUAUAUAUUUUUAUAUAUUUAUAUAUAUUUAAAUAAAUACAUUUGAAUCUAACUCAUUUGAAAUUGAAGGCGGAAAUUCUUAUUGAAAUUUUUCGAUAUCAAAAGCAGAGAGAGAGGAAGGAAGAGCCGGCCGGGCUGAGCUCUCUGUGCGCGAUCAUGUCUGGAGCCCCCUCUCCAUCCGGACCCUCCCCUCAGCUAAGACCCCUCUUCAACGAUCUGGGACCCCCGUCUAUGGGAUACGUGCAUUCCAUGAAGCCGCCUGGCUCCCAGAGCUCCCAGUCCACCUACUCUGACCUGCUGGCUGUGAUGGAGGAGAUGGGGAAGGAGAUCCGACCCACUUAUGCAGGAAGCAAGAGUGCCGUGGAGAGACUGAAGAGAGGUAUAAUUCACGCCCGCGCUCUCGUCCGGGAAUGUCUCGCUGAGACGGAACGCAACGCCAGGACUUGACGAAGAGGAGGAUGAAGACGAUUUCGCGGGACAGAGAGACGGACCGAGAUGAACUUCUUGUAAAAGAGAGUUUAAACACUGAUGCGUUGAUGAAAAUUCCACCGAGUCUGAAUCUCUCUCCUCUCCUCUCAUCUCUUGUCUCUCCCCCCUCUCCCCUCUCUUCUUCCAUCCUUCGCUCGGACAAUGAGGGCUGUUGUGUGUUUUUUUGGGGGGUUUUUAAAAAAAAUAUUUUUUCAAUAAAUGACUUUUUUUCAA